AUGGACUUGGGAAUUUCAACAUGCCUGCACCGGUCGUGCGAAUGUGCCAGCGAGGGUCAUCGAUGUGUUGUUGACACACUCGAUCUGGCAGUCGAUAGUCGGAUCAAGGCCGUUUGUCUUCCGUUGAGGCGCAGACAUUGUGGUGAUAGUUACCAGUCCUCGCCGGAGCUCAAUAUUGACUCACCGGUGUACUCGAGCCCAGACCUGAGAAGUCUGCAGUCACCCGUGUUGUACGAUGGAGCUGUGAAUACCGUGGUGGUUGCCGCCGCAUCGACGGUGACUAGUUUUCCGGAUUUUCCCGUGACUGCAGAGACGAAAGCCGACAGUCUGAAAUCGCAGCGACCUCCGAGUGUCCGGUCAUCGAUCGACGCGCUGGAUUUGGCCGGCUGUCCUACGAUCCCUCUGGCUGUCGAGCCACCGGUGAGUCUCGAAAAUGCCAAGUCGUGCCCAGAGCUGAAAAUGCAGUCAUCUGUGUACGGUGGAGUUCAGAAUACCGUCGCUCCGGAACCUGCAGCGGAAAUCCUGGCACGGUCUGAACCCCUGCAGUACACCUGCAGCGAGAGUCGGUGCGUUGUCGACACGCUCGAUCUGGCAGUUGAUCGCAGGAUCACGGGCGUCGGUCUUCCGUUGAGGCGCAGUCAUGGUGAUGGUUUCCGGUCCUCGCCCGAGCUCAAUAUAGACUCACCACCGGUGUACUCGCGCCCAGAGCUGAAAAGUCUGCAGUCACCCGUGUUGUACGACGGAGCUGUGAAUACCGUCCAGCCUGAACCAGCGGAUAUGCCACAGAAACCGGCCAGGUCUGAACGCCGCAAGUCCGCGUUUACAAGAUCGAGACGGUUCAUCUGGAAGGGUUUGGUAAACGCGGCGCGCAGACUUUGUUUCUGCAGUAGCUUUGUGGACAUUGAGUAA